AUGGGCCUCCUCGACAAGCUGUGGGACGACACCUUCGCGGGCCCGCGCCCGGACACCGGCCUCGGCCGCCUCCGCAAGCAGCCCGUGCGCCCCGCCGCCGUCAAGAUCAAUGAUCCGGCCGAGGACGUUGCGGCGUUCGUGCCGCCCUCGCCGGCUUCGAGCAGCGACGAGACGCCGGUGAAGGUGACGCGCAGCAUCAUGAUCAAGCGCCCCGCGGGGUACCCGUCGUCGCCGAGGAGCGCCGCAAGCACGCCGCCGGCCUCGCCACUCGGGACUACCCCGCCCAUCUCGCCGUUUGCCGGCGCCGCAAUCAUAUCGGAUAAACGUAGCUAUCAUUGGGGUUAUGUGGGGUAG